AUGAACUCUUUCUCUCCUGAUUUCCAGGAGUGGGUAGAUCGACGCCAAAGCACCUUAUCUGCCUCCACCGUGUCGUCUGCAUCAACAAGUAUCCUCUUCCCGAGCCCUGCGACAUCUCCAGGGUCCAGCUCGAGGAAGCAAUCCUGGCAGCUCUACGAUGAUGUCGUACGGCUCGAGCUAACUCCAUCCGUGCAAAUCUCCUUUGUCAAAAACGGUCAGCUAUUCAAGUUGAAAUAUACAUUCAUUGAUAUCUGCAAAGACUCAACGGGUGCAUUGAGGUGUCUCGAACUCGGGGGAGGACUAGGACAGCAAACACCUUUUGUCCACGCCUUCUCUAAUACAAAGCUGCCAGUUCCUCAUCUAGAACAUCCCAAAUCAGGCGACGAUUACCCUCUUCGCGUAUCCUUUAUGGACCAGCAAACGGUUCAAACGGCAAACACGGUAUUUAUGACGCAGCUAUCCUAUAAAUUUGAUCACUGGGAUGAUUGUGUACGAUUCCAAGAACUGUUACUCGGUUCCAAGUUGAUUUUUAUCGGCGGGAUGGCGGAGGCCAAGUCCAAAGGCCGGGGUGAAGAGUGCAUCAGCCAAAAUCUUCGCGUUCUCCGCGGGCACAAUGGGAAACGUGUGAUGCUAUUCUUUGCAAACUCGCAACGGAGGGAGCUCAAACGAUACAUCUCCAUUCCCUUAAAUUGUAUUGCGGCAAUCAAACCUCCGAAGAAGGCUGGCAGGCCAGCCAUAAUUGAUCUCAAUCCAAACUUUGAGAUUCUGUCUCAAAUGAGAAAUUUUACGAUCCAGUUUCUUGACGAUGAUGACUGUGUAGCAUUUUGUCAGAUGUUAUCAUACGACUUGACUAUUGGAUGA